UUUGCACUUGUUAAGGUUACGAUCCAAGUCCUGUUAUUUCUAUGAAAAUAAUCUAUGUAAUGCCUUAUUCACUUUUCACAUUUUGAACGUUGCGUCACGCAACGCUCUUUUGCGUGAUGUCAAGGAGAUUUUUCUCAGAGUACACAGUCUACACAAUGUGUUAUGAAAAUAGCAACAUUUGGAUUCAUCGUGUUUACUUUUAUCCCCAGCCAGCUUCGGCAUGAAUUUGAUAAUACCCACACUGCCUUUAUUACUGUAGACAAUCAUUUCUCUUGCAUCCAAUCGUAUUUCACUAUUCAGGACAUGUGUUAAUAAUGUUAUUGUUCCCGACCGGCAGUGGUUAAUAUUCUGCCACGUCGUUCGACUCGUCGUGUAAUAACUGUAGUCGUGCAUAUCAGCGUCCUAAUGUCUAAGAUGGAAAAAGACAACUGUGGUUAUAACAAACACGAAACGUUUGGCAAGCUCAUGGAAUUCUACAAAGAGGUAGCUCCAGAUUACGACCAGGAUGUAGAAGUCAACAGAGGGUACGUUGGACACGAGAAUAGCGCAAAAAUAUUAGCAAACGCCCUAAAACAAUUUAAGUUUUCUGAAGAUUCAAGAAUUCUUGAUGUUGGUGCCGGAACAGGUCUGGUUGCAGAAGCAUUGGUUAAGAGGAAGUUCACCAACAUUGAUGCUUUAGAUGCGUCAGAAGAUAUUCUCAAAGAAGCGGAAAAGAAAGGAAUUUACAAGAAUUGUUACGUGGAUGUACUGGGUCCCAAUCGACGUUUACAGCUGGAAGACAACUGCUACGACGCAACCAUUGCAGCUGGUGUUUUUACGUUAAACCACGUGAAAGCUGAAGGGGCCAUGGACGAAAUGGCGAGAGUUGUAAAGUCGGGUGGAUUGGUUUGUUUCACGAUUAGGGAAGAUGUGAUGUUUGAAGCAGAGUACGGGUACCAAGACAAAAUGGACCAACUGUGCCGCGAGAAAGUCUGGAAGCUUGUAUCACAGAUCAGGGAACAGUACCAUAGCAAGAGCGACUGCAUGAAAUGUUUUGUGUACAUUUACCAAGUUUUGUAAGGCUUACUGGUUCUUUCUUUCGUUCUACGUACAAAGUUAUAAGAGAGGGCAAAGUGGAAUUUUGGUCAAAUCAGGAUCAACCCUAGCCAGGAAAAACUUUCAACGUUGAUUUCAUGAAUAAAAACUUUUAUUAAACAAACUUUAUUAUUCUAUCUUCAGAUUUACUUCUUCUUCUUCUUUUUUAUUUAACUCCGAUGUAGGGUAAUAUACUUUAGUAAUAAAUCCUUUUAAUCAGCAUCGGCAUUUUUCUUACUGCUCCAGCUGAACAUGGUAGAUUUGGAAAAUGUAGUUACCUUGGGGACAAAAAUCUCAGAAGUGAAAUGAUCCAGUCCAUCAUUCCGGUAAUCAUAUCCUGUUUGCAUUCAAUUUUACAUUUAGGACUGACUGUACUCACUGCUCAGGGUUUUUUUUUUUUUUUUAAUGCAGCUUCCGAGAUUUUCAUGUCGUUUACUUGCAUGGACCCCAUCGACUUAGGCAAAAUGAGGGGGCACCCCGGGGACAGCUUGGAAUCUUGCAAAUGAAGGUUUUUCCUUGAGGUCACCUUGGCGAGACUCUAAAAUCGCUACAUUACUCAUGACAGAUCUCGGAAUAGUUAGCCUGACUAAUUUACGAUUUUGAUCGUCCCCGCAAUCUUAACAGGCUUGAUUCUUUUUAUUUAUUUAGUCCUCUUCUAUCCUCUUCAAUCCUGACACAGAUACUUAUUACAUGCAUGUAAGCUUUCAUUCAUGUAUCUCGUCAACGGCACUGCUGUUGUUUUUUGUCCGCCAUAAUGCAUGUCACUGCAAGUAUCCAGUGGAUAUUUUAGUGGGGAUCUCAGAUAUAUAACAGUAGUUACGUUUACUUUAUUUCUCAUGGCGGAAUUGUACCUUUGGGAUACAAGCACUGCACUAUUUUCCGGCGAUGAAAUUUGACCUUAAUCAAUUCAAAAGCUGUUAAGGUUUUCAGAGAAGAGAAUAUUAUUCUUUUCUUUCUGAUGAUUUCGUUCCUCCUUUAAACACGAAUUGAGUUUUACUAAAAGCGCGCUUACUAGACGAUUCCUAACACUGUGGAUCGACUUGUUCAGCCGGUUUAGAAGGUGAAGGACACUAUCUACACCACCCUCUGUCAGUGGGGACGAAGUGUUUUUUUUUUUAACUCCAGUGAUUUGCCCACAAGAUCCAGACAGACCCUCUCAACUAAGUCCCACUUCAAGCAGUUUAAGCGGGAUCAUUUCAAUCAUUUGAGAGCUGAAAACCGUUUGUCUAAGCGGCGAAGAGUACAGCGUGAUGUUUUCCCUACCUCCCUGAUCUUUUUACUCGUUAAUUUGAUGUUGAUUCCGUAAUUUCUCUCUUAACUCAGAAACCAGCAUCUUCUCUCUGUGCAUUCUCUCGUUUGACUCUUCCGUGCUCAUGUUGGAAUAUCUAAACGACUGUUGUCUCGAUGGCGGCAUUCUCUCUUUGGGAAAGGAAAACAUGUCUGCGCUUAACAAAUCUUGACUGAGACGAGUAGGAGAAUGACACGGUGGGCUGUUUGGCGGACAGCGAUGCGAAUUGUUCAGAUUGUUUACGGACUCUAUUAUCUUUACUUCCAUUGCUCGUGGAAUUCUCAUAUUAUCGACAAACGAUGGCGAGAACAUAGCUCUGGAGUUCGUCUCUCCGUGGUGCAAUUGCUCUAUAUAUCCUCGUGGAUAAUGGUCCACUGGAUGCCUUGGGUCGCGAUGGUUACCGUAAGCCCUGAAAGAAAGCAGCGAACCCUUAUUAGUAUUGGAAAAUUAAAAUGCUCUUGUUGUCGUUGCCUUUGUCGUUGAUUGUUGGGGUGGUGGCGGUGAGUUUGGUGAUGAUGGUAGUGGUGGCGUUGGAGGUGGUAGUUAUGGUGGUGGUGGCGGUGGCGGCGGUGGAGGUGGUAAUGAUGGUGAUGGUCGGUGAUGAUGAUGGUAGUGAUGUUGGAGAUGUGGUGCAGUGAUGGCAGAGGUGUUAGGGAUGUGGUGCAGUGAUGGUAGUGAUACUGGGGAUGUGGUGUCAGUAGCGAUAGUGGUGGUGCGGUGGGAAUGGUUGGUGGAGAGGUGAGGUUAAGGAGGGCUGGGAAAGGAUAUACUGCCCAGGUCGAAAAAUCCUGUCUUGUCUCAUACUAAUUAAUAGAUCAGUGAUGUUUCGAUUUGUAAAAUCCCUUUCAGUGAGCAUCCUUCCAAUCACACCGAACAAAAACAAAAUUCAAUAUAAGCAGAAGUUCACUACCAUUACAAGGGCACAUUUAGAGAUAAGCCUAUGGGGUACCUCGAGAUUCGAUUCUUCUGUAUUAAAAAUCUGUUUAAGUAAUAGCAAACCAUAGUAAUCCAUUUGAAGAUAACGAUGUCACGACUCAUCUCUGGUGUCUGGUCAAACCUGUCCGCCAGAGCAGAUCCCUGUCCGCCAGAGGCGAAACUGAAAGUUGCUUUAAUUCUCGGACCCAUUGCACAAAAAUGUUAUGAGACCUAUCAUCCCUGCGAUCAUGUUUUAAAGACAGAGAAACAACUUAAAUUCAUACACCUGACGUAGGGCGAACUCUGGAAGGUGUGGCACAAGAACGUUCAAACUUUAAAGAGACUCAAUUAUGCGCCCAUGGCGCUACGAGGACAGAUGAUAAUGAUGAUGAUGUUUUAAAGAACGCCUACUACAUAAUUUCCGUUAAAUGUUCUUCAGUUCAGAGCUCAACAACUCGCUUCGGCCUGAUUACCGUCUCCAUAGCAACGUUUUAUGCACCUUCUUUACGUCACAUUAAAAACGUGAUAGUUUUCGAAGAACUCUAGUGCAAUCAGUCCCUGCGUUAUUCAGCGAGCGUGGUUUGAGAACGAACGCCAGAAAAUUCUGCUGCAGUUUCGAAGCGUUAUCAAUUUAUAAAAAGAUUCAGCUAGUGACCUGUUUUUUUCCAAAUGGUA